AUGACGGCUUGGAUUCUCCCACUCCGAAUAACAAUCCUUACGGUCGUGGUGGCUCUCGUUGACAGUCAAUCAGAAGAUGUGUUCCGGUUAUUUUAUAGGUUUGGAUUUAAAGAUGGAAGAAUAGGUGAUCCCGGUGGGGCACCGUCACAGAAUGAUGUUGAAGGACUAAUGUGUGCUACCAAUGAGUUUCUUUCUGACUCAAUACAAAACUACACUAAGAAUGGCAACAUUCAAAUAUUCACCACAGAGAUUGACUGGGGCUUUGAAGACUGGAUCUACAAUGGGUCUGAACCAGAGGCACCGAGGAAUGUGCCUGUUAUUGUCAACUUUACGACUGUUGUCACUACUAGUGAUGGAAGCCCAGCACCUACCAACGACGAUCUGUGGCAAGCAACCAAGCAUUUUGAUUACUUCUCCUACAUUAUGAAUUACCUGUGGACAAUUCCUGGGCAGAAUUUCUUCAGCAGUGCUCGAGGCUUGUGGUAUGAACCCUUCAUCCAGCCAGCCGUAACAGGUCAAAUACCCCAGUCAUCCCAAUGUCCAGGUACCCCAAUACCAGCUGAUUCUUCUUCACGGAAUACACCAGUUCCUACCGUUGAAACUACCACAGGAACUCCAUCGGCGGCAUCAUCCACGGCAGCUCCAAGUGCCGGUCAAACACCAUACCCAACUCCCGAAGAACCAAAGCAGACCCCUGCACCAACCACAACACAGCAACCAUCCUCGAAAGGUAGUAGAGCGACUGCCGCUCCGAGUGCUGUACAAACGACUGCCACCCCCAGCGCAGUGCAAACAACUGCGGCGCCAAGUGCUGGAGAAACAGACCAGACUCCAGGGCCUACAAUGCUCCCUCAGACCCUCAAUCCAACACAGGGUCAAUUGACUACAAGCCCAACAAAGCAAACUCAAGAGCCUACAAUGGUCCCUCAGACCCCUAAUCCAACACAAGCUCCAUUGACACCUGCUCCAACCAUAUCCACCCCUCCACCAACAAGGGUCCCUCAGACACCCAAUCCAACCCAAUCCAACAGAAGCUCCAUUGACACAAGCCCAACAAAGCAAACUCAAGAGCCUACAAUGGUCCCCCAGACCCCUAAUCCAACACAAGCUCCAUUGACACCUGCUCCAACCAUAUCCCCCUCCACCAACAAGGGUCCCUCAGACACCAAUCCAACAGAAGCUCCAUUGACACCAAGCCCAACAAAGCAAACUCAAGAGCCUACAGAGGUCCCUCAGACCCCUAAUCCAACACAAGCUCCAUUGACACCUGCUCCAACCAUAUCCACCCCUCCACCAACCAGGGUCCCUCAGACACCCAAUCCAACACAAGCUCCAUUGACACCAAGCCCAACAAAACAAACCCCAGAGCCAACAAUGGUCCCUCAGACACCCAAUCCAACACAAGCUCCAUUGACACCUGCUCCAACAAUAUCCACCCCUGCACCAACAGCCACACCACAAACACCAAAUCCAACAGAAACUCCAUUAACACCAAGCCCAACAGCAACCCCCGAAGCAGACACAGAAACGCCAACAAUGAGACAGCAACAACAAAUGACUGGAGGAAUGGGUGUCUUUGGCGGCAUUCAACAAACACGACCACCAAGGGGGCCGCGUGAGCCUUCUCGAAAGACAACACCUUACCCAACUGUACUCGUAGGCGUCACACCCGAUCCAACACCAACACCUACAGACCCCCCUGUGGAGCGGCCAGAGCCACCAGGUAGACCGGACGAUAAACGGACCGUAGCACCGACGAAAGCUGAUGAAGAGCUGGUGUAUUUCAACAUCCAGAUGGGCUUCUUUGACGGACAAGGUCGCGAACCACAAGAGGACGAAAUUGAAGCAAUGAUUUGUCAAACCAACAUAUGGUUCGAAAACAGCCUUAGAGACAUGGCGAAAGAUUCUGGAGUAAAUUCUUUUGCUACCAAUAUUGACUGGGAGUACGAGCCUUCGGAGAACCUUCCGCUUACGAUUUGGUUUACCUCUCACUCGACGGAUGGAAGCGGGAACAUUUUGCCCGCAGCAGAGGUAUACGAUUACAUAUUGCAUGAAGCAGAUGCGAAGUCGCUCAUUACAAAUUUUAUCUGGAAUUCUGAGCCAUACACAGCCAACGUCUUCUACAACACGGAAAACAUCUUGUUCGGAGGUUCGCACAACGGAGCCAAGAGCGGACGUCGCAUCGUCCCGGGCAAGCUUCCCAAAGCUAUGUGUCCAUCAUAACCCAAACACCCUUCAUUGUAAUAGAUAUAUAUCCUUACCAGCGAUGUUCUACUAGCUAGUACGAUGUGCUGCGAACUGUUACUCUCUUGUGUUUGUCUGGUGGCUUGGGCUGCAACGUCCGCUCUACUACCGGUGGUAGCUUGUAUGAUACCGG